UAUUCGCUUCUAAAACCCUCAAAAUCCCAAACCCUUAAGCCCCAAACUGAAAAUAACAGCAGAAAGAAGAAUGGCGCUCUUCAGAACUCGCUUGGCUUCGUCAUCUCUCCUCCGUUCAAUUCUUCAUACUCCUUCUCGAUCUCUCUCUUCCGUUGCAGUUGAGAAUGUGGAAUCCAAAGGGAUGCCAUCAUGGAAGUCAAUGAUGGCCCAGAUGUUGACGCAGGACAUAAGCUCCCAUGUCGGAAGCUGUAUGCCGCUGUCGAAUAUGCGGAUUGGAACCCUCAUCCACAACAUUGAGAUGCGACCAGGCCAGGGCGGGAAACUUGUACGCGCAGCGGGGACCUCUGCUAAGAUACUUACUGAGCCCAACAGGUCAACCAGGUAUUGCGAGAUAAAACUGCCAUCUGGAGUCAAGAAACUGAUUGACAAGAGAUGUUGCGCUACUAUAGGCACGGUCUCAAACCCUGAACAUGGAACAAAGAAACUGAGGAAGGCUGGGCAAAGCAGAUGGCUUGGCCGGAGGCCUGUUGUGAGAGGUGUGGCAAUGAAUCCAGUUGAUCAUCCACAUGGUGGUGGUGAAGGAAGGAGUAAGAGUAGUGGGAGUCACGGCCGAGUCUCUCUUACCCCCUGGGGGAAGCCAACUAAGUGUGGAUACAAAACUGCACGGCUUAAGAAAAGGAUGUAAGGGAUCUUCUGAACAGGUGAAAUUCUGGACCUAUAGAUCCAUGCAAUAUCAUUAGAUUCAGACGAUGGGUGACCGGACACGUUCCUCUUAUCCAAUUUCCCGUAGUCGAAUGGUUGUGCUGUGGAAAAACCUCCUGAACUUCAGGCAAUAACACAACAGUUUGUGGGAAAGCUACAUUUUCUGUCAAUUUUUCUUGUCUGUUGGAGUCUUGUUUUGAGUCACGACAAUUCUGAGCAAUGCACGAAUCAAUUCAAAUAACUCUGAAAUUAUACUGAAUUAGAAUACCAUUACUGUGCUA